CAGCCAGCUUGUGGCAGAGACGCCCCCCGCCCCCCCCGGGCUGGAAGGGAAAGGGGGUGCUGCAGGGGAGGUGGCUGCCGUCCCCGGGCGGACGCCGCGGUGUGGACCCUGUGCAAAGCCCAGCAGGGCCAGGGCCCCGGGAAGCCCGCCGCUGGCCCCCGGCCGCGCACCCACCCCGGCCCCCGAGGUCCCCGGAGGCCGCGCACAGCUGCCCGCGGGCUCCUUGCAAGGAGCAGGAAUGUCUCCAACCCGUCACCAGUCCCUAAAUAGAGCAACUCGACCUCGGCCACCCCCCACCAAGACUUCUUGGACCGGACGGCAGCAUGUGGCCGGGCCAGGGCCCGGCGGCCUGGGCAGGUGGGGAGGUCCCUGCGCCCCCAUUGGUCUGAGGAGGCCUCCAUGUCCUUUCCGAGCAGGGGCCCAGCCUGGGGGAGGACAUUUAUACCCCUCCCCCGGGGCCCACCAGCCCAAGUCGCCACCGCCCGCCCGACCUCGCUCCCAGUGCAGCGGCCCCGACACCAGGCUCUCAGCCCAGGACCUCAGGAUGGGGGAUGAUGAGAAGCGCAACCGGGCCAUCACGGCCCGCAGACAGCACCUGAAGAGCGUGAUGCUGCAGAUCGCGGCCACGGAGCUGGAGAAGGAGGAGAGCCGCCGGGAGACGGAGAAGCAGAACUACCUGGCGGAGCACUGUGCCCCGCUGCACAUCCCCAGCUCCAUGGCCGAAGUGCAGGAGCUCUGCAAGCAGCUGCACGCCAAGAUCGACGUGGCCGAGGAGGAGAAGUACGACAUGGAGAUGAAGGUGCAGAAGAGCACCAAGGAGCUGGAGGACAUGAACCAGAAGCUGUUCGACCUGCGCGGCAAGUUCAAGAGGCCGCCGCUGAGGAGGGUGCGCAUGUCGGCCGACGCCAUGCUCAAGGCCCUGCUGGGCUCCAAGCACAAGGUGUGCAUGGACCUGCGGGCCAACCUGAAGCAGGUCAAGAAGGAGGACACCGAGAAGGAGCGCGAUCUGCGCGACGUGGGCGACUGGAGGAAGAACAUCGAGGAGAAGUCCGGCAUGGAGGGCCGGAAGAAGAUGUUCGAGUCCGAGUCCUAGGCGCCCUGCGGCCGGCAGCGUCCGCCGCCCGAGGGCCCGCUCGUGCGGCUGUCAAUAAAGACUCCCGAACCCA